AUGGCACGGUGCUCGCAUAAAGGCUGCCAACAGGAAUUCGAUCCCGAAAACAACCCCGAUGGAAGCUGCAUCUAUCAUCCUGGUGGCCCGGUUUUUCACGAAGGACUGAAGUCCUGGUCUUGUUGUAACACGGUUAAUAAACCGGUGCUUGAGUUUGACGAGUUCAUGAAGAUCACUGUACGAUCUCACAGUGCCGAACCAGUGAAAGAAGAAGCUCCAAAGGUUCCUUCGAGUACGACCUCGGACGCGAAGCUGACCGAAUCGAGCAACGGCAAAGAGACGUAUUCCAAUACUUCUGCGGUGCCACCCACCGCAUCCGCGCCAGCCCCUGCGAUCGCUACUGCCACUGCCCCUCCGGCUCCUAUUCCCGAAGUCGAGGACGACUUGGAUGCACCGGUUCCACCUGGUACAAAAUGCAAGCAUAACGGCUGUGACAUCGAGUACGUGAGUGAUGAAGAGAACCGGAAGGGCGAUGGAGAGGGUGCCAUCUGCACGUAUCACCCACAAAGUCCAAUAUUCCAUGAAGGAAGCAAGGGAUACCUCUGCUGCAAGCGGCGAGUGCUGGAGUUUGACGAGUUCUUGAAGAUUGAGGGAUGUAAAAAGGGUCGCCACGUUUUCGUCCCAAAGAAAUCUGACGAAGACGAGGUACAAGAGCUCGUCAACUGCCGGAUAGAUCAUUACCAGACCCCGAGCGCCGUUCACGUUUCCGUAUUCGCCAAGCAAGCAGACUCGAGUCGUAGUGUUGUUAGAUUUGAGCAAGAUCAGAUUCACCUUGAUUUGUUCCUUCCCGGCUCAAAACGCUUCACUCGUUCGUUGGUGCUCUUCGGGCCCAUUUCCGUAGAAGCAUCUAGCUUCAAAUUCUAUGGAACAAAGGUCGAAUGCACACUCAAAAAGAUGGACGGCCGAAGUUGGACCCUUCUUGAGAAGACAGACCAGGAUCUCGGUAACAUCGCACUCACAUUCGGUGUAGGCGGGAGGACUGGAACCAUCGGAGCGAAGGAGAUCGUACGGUGA